AGCAAAAAAAAAACCCAACAAACAAACCUGGUUCAAGAUUGUUUUUGGCACUUCUGUAACUCAGAAAUGGUUUUGAUUUUAAAACAACCUUCGGCAAGCCAGUAACCUACAAUAUGGUCUGAUCACUUUGGGUAUUUUGUAAAAAUAAUAAUAAAUUGUAGAGAUGUUGUGGUUUCAAAAUCAGCUACUGUGCAUUUGCAGUAACUUAUUUCAACCCAAGAACUUUUAGUAAUUUUUUCCAUCAGAACACACGUUCAAUGUGAUGCAGCAGAGUAGUGAUAACUCCUGAAGGCUUUUUUCUUUUUUAGUAACGUGGAGAGGCAAAGCCACCACAGACUAAAAAAGGAUUCAGCUGCCUCUGAAAGCAUCAAAAACUGCUCUCUUAAAGGCUGAAACUGGAGCUGUGUAAGUUGUUAGGAGCAGACUUUGAUGCAAAAGCAGAGGAAGGCAUCCUGGAUCAGCUGUCAGACAGGAGCCCUGAGGGCUUAUCUUCAUUUAUCUAAAAACUAUUUUGAAUUGUGGCAUUGAGGAUAGGAUUGAACUGAGGGUAUGUCCUUAACUCCAGAGGAAGGGAAGCUGACUCUGCUCCACUGUGCUGCAUGGAACUGAGACCUGCAGGAUGGUUUUGUUUUACCAGUAAAUCUAUGCACAGAAAUAUUAAUGUUCGUCACUUCAGAAUCUGAGCACCUUGUCAUUCGUCGUGGCACGGUAUUCCUGUCAGUGGUGUAGGAUGUUUUGUAUUAUUUAUCCUAUUUUCCAGUGUCAAAAAUUAUGUACCAGUAAAAACAAAAGACAAACACAGGAGAUUGACCCCAGAUCUGGAGGCAGAGCCCGUGACUGAGUGCCAGUCCAGUGCCUUAGUGACAAUACUGUUGGUUAUUGGUGCUAUACAAAUGUCUAAAAGAGUGAUAAAGUUGUUAUAAAACUCCAUAAAUUACUCAGGAAGAGAGUAAGUUCUCUUCUUUCCCCAGCUGUGUGUAAUAUGCUGUGUGUGUUCCUAACAAUGCUGGCACUCAUGAGACCUCUUCCAUGGAAGCAGAUGAUAAAAUUCCUACUAACUGUGAUAAGGAUCAGGGCUGUAGAUUACUGUCAGUGGAAAUCUCACACAGUAGCAGGUCCUCAUCCCUAAAAUACAUGUUGAGUUUCUUUAACAGGAAAAAUAUUUACAAGCAAACAUCUGUUUGCAGUCCAAAUCCAAACUGUACCCUUCUUCCUCAGCUUGAUAUCUCUGAAAACUCAUCCAUUGGGAAAAAAAAUCUUGCUGUUCUAUGACAAACUUUGAAGCUUCUUUGUAAACAAAAUAAGCUACAAAUGGGGAUUUCUGAAGCUCUGCUGAAGAAAACCUUACACUGAAAAAUCUGUCUUCUGACUGACAGGACAAAUUCUGAGGAAAACCAGAUUUAAUCUCGGUCAUAACCAGUUGGUUUCAAUCCUGUGAGUGGAUGGUGUCAGUUAUGGGUAAAUUGUAUUUUACUGUAGUGCAGAGAUUGCUUAAAUUUCAGCCACAAGCACUGGCUUUGUAAUUAAUAAUUUUCAGCCCUGAUUCUCAUCUUACUAAACGUUCAAACUGCUUUUUAUCCUGUCUACUUUCAGUGUGCUGAGCUGAGCAAAACGGGUGCAGUUUAAAGCCCAAGUCUUACCUGGGAGGAGGUGGGGAGGCAAACUAAUCUCCCACUGCACUGAACAAAAAGAUAAGGUGGGGGUUUUUUUCUGACUUCUCUAACCUACAACCAUAGCCUGGUUGUGUGGAAAAAAUAGAGAGUUCCCUAAGGUAACAAUAGCAAUGCUCAUUGAUACCUCUGCAACAUGGAGAUCUGAUCAAAUAUGUAAUAUAUAAUUUUCUAAAAAACCAACAAAACAAAACUAGAAUUUACAGAUUUUCCUUUUUUUUUUUUUUUUUUGCCCCCCACUUAGGAAGUCUGCCUCAAACAUCUUUACUGACAGGACAAAAUAAAACCUUUUUAACAUUGUCCCAAACAGUGAGAAUGAUAAGUUUUUGAGGGAGAAGGUUAUGACAUUAGGGGAUUUUAUGUAACAACAUGCUUUCUAAGGCUGGGCUACUGGUAGACAAAUGUAAACAAAUUCAAAAUUAAAAUGUGAAUGUAUCUCUUCAA